AUGAACAGGGUGCGUUCAUCUUUCAUUGCCAUACUGGCCCUUGCCGCUGCGGUGUCCGCUGCCCCAGCUCCUUCUCGUGCCUCAGAGCUAGUUGGGCGUGCCUCGACAUGUACUUUCACCUCAGCCGCCAGCGCCAAAGCCAGCAAGAAAUCCUGCUCCACCAUUGUGUUGGACAACAUCGAGGUUCCCGCCGGCGAGACCCUCGAUCUUUCCGGUCUGAAGGAUGGCACCAAGGUCAUCUUCAAGGGCGAGACUACCUUCGGAUAUGAAGAGUGGAAGGGUCCUCUCAUCCGCUUCUCUGGUUCAAAUAUUGAAGUCACUGGCGAAAAAGGCCAUGUCAUCAAUGGCGGUGGAGCCAGCUGGUGGGACACCAAGGGUACUAAUGGCGGAAAGACCAAGCCCAAAUUCUUCUACGCCCAUUCUCUGGACGACUCGACCAUCACUGGCCUGAACGUGAAGAACACCCCCGUUCAGGCCUUCAGCGUGCAGGCCGACAACCUCGUUCUCGAUAGCAUCACUAUCGACAACUCAGACGGAGAUGACAACGGCGGCCACAACACCGACGCCUUCGAUGUUGGCGAAAGUACCUACAUCACCAUCAGCAACGCCAACGUGAAGAACCAGGACGACUGUCUAGCCGUCAACUCAGGCGAGAACAUCGUCUUCACCGGCGGCUACUGUUCCGGCGGCCACGGCCUCUCCAUCGGCUCCGUCGGUGGUCGCGAUAACAAUGUCGUGAGAAACGUGACCAUCACCGACUCGACCGUGACCAACUCCGCCAACGGCGUUCGUAUCAAGACCAUCUACAAGGCCACUGGUGAAGUAUCAGACGUGACUUUCUCCAACAUCGAGCUUUCCAAUAUUUCCUCCUACGGUAUCGUUAUUGAGCAGGACUAUGAGAAUGGCAGCCCCACUGGUACCCCGACCACUGGUGUGCCUAUCACCGGUCUGACGGUCGAGAAGGUCACUGGUACUGUUAAGAGCGGUCCUACUGACGUGUACAUUCUCUGUGGUGACGGUAGCUGCUCUGACUGGACUUGGACUGGGAACGAUGUUACUGGUGGUAAGACUAGCAGCAAGUGCACGAAUGUGCCUUCUGGGGCUUCUUGCUAG